UGGUAUGGCCUCUUGAUGUUGACGACGUCAUGUAGAGUGCAGAACAAGAUGGCUCCAACGGCAAGUUGGGCAGCUUCCAACGGGUCCCCUAACAAUGUCAUUAGUUUUGCCCAGCCCAAGUCUAAACGUGCUCCUGUCUCUAUCCUCAAGAAAGCGGACUCUGACACAAGCAGUACUUGUUCUAACAGCAGCAUGAUAACUUGCAAGAAGCAGUGCCGGUUGAAGGUGCUCAACACUCUCAUUAACACUCACGACUGCUUCGAACGGAUGAGACAGGAGCUGAAUGACACGUACGGUAAGAUAGAUGACCUUGAGGGGGAAAUCAAGCUGCUUAGAGAGAGCCACCAGAGCAAGGAGCAAGUGUUGCGGAACCAGAUAAAGAGACUGAGAAACGAGCUGGGGAUUGGGGGAGUGCUGGAUGUAGGCGAGAAGAUCUGUGUUAGAUUGACCAGGGAGAACAGAACCUUCGGAUUUAAACUCUUAGGCAGGGUUGAGGGGGAGGAAGUAACAAAUGAGGAGGAGGACGCGGGAGUGUCCAUUGCCUCCCUAACUCACGGGGCACCCGCUCACAAGUGCGGCAAGAUACUCAUCAGCGAUAAAAUACUAGAGAUAAAUUCUCAAGACAUGAGUCGAAGUACGUGUUCAGAAGUUGAGACCUUGAUCAGAAACUCUCCAGACACCAUGAAUCUGGUCCUGUUGAGAACCAACGACAGUAGACCCUACAGACCUAUCCCUAGCACACCCACAACCCCCACCAACACCACUACACCCCCCUCAGCACCUUCAGUACCACAUAUAUCCUCCUCCCAACACAACACUCCUCUCGUCUCAACCCCCAGAUUACCCUCUAGUUUAACUUACCAGCCAGUACCUCCGCCUCGCACUACUUCCCAAUCUCGCUAUCAACCUCACACGCCUCUUUCACCUCGCUCACAAGCCAAUCACUCACAAACGCCUCACUCACAGACCACUCCAGACCCCUCGCCUCGUCCUCAGACCCUCCCUCUCACAAAAGAUCACGUGUCAUCUCUCUCGGACCCGUCCCAUUCCUCCCUACCUCGCUCACUCCCUCUCCGACUUCUCUCUGACGAGGACUUCGACAGACUCUCAGCUAUUGGACUCCCUGAGGACAACUUGGACGACAGUCAAGAUAAAUGUUCUAACCUAUCGGAUAUCAGCAUAGACCCUGACGGAGAUUACUUAGACUACACGAUAGACAGUGAAAUCAGCAAACUCAGCCCCGAUCCCAACGAUCGUCUGUUAUCUCCUAGGAACCACGUGACAAGUGACCAAGCUAGUGAUGAUCACAUCAGCAGCGACUUCAGGAGCGAAGCUACGGAUAUAACAAAGAGUGAUGCUACGGAUAUAACUGAUGUUGUGGAUAUUCUAGGUGAUCCUCGGGAGUACGAGGAAAUAAUACUGACGAAAAGAGAAGGAAUGCUAGGAAUUGAUCUAACGUACGGAACGGACACGCUACAAGGUGCUCUCUUCGUACAUUCCAUCAAACCUGGCAGUCCUGCUGAAUUGUACGGUAGACCGCUUCUACAUGACCAGAUUGUAAAGAUAAACAGUUUAGAAAUAGGUGUGGAUAUAAUGUGUGACGAAGUUAAACCCCUUCUGACAGACGAUAAUCCGUCAGUGAAACUUGAGCUUGCGCGGCCCAAGAAACACGAAGUCAGGAUAAAACGAAAAGUUGGACAAAGUUUGGGGAUGAUGGUGGCGGUUAGUAAGGUGGAGGAUGACAAAUCUGUUAUCAUCAGUACUGUCGACCCUAACGGGCUUGUCGCCAAAUAUGGUCUGAUAAAGGGACUUACUUUGUACAUGGUGAACGACGUAGCGCUCUCAGGUCUGGGACUUAAGCAGGCGGUUGAAAUCCUUGCCGGCUGUGUUGGAGAAAUCACUCUUACUGUGUUUGUACAUCCCAACUUUUCGCCGUACCAACCUCCGAGACCACCGACGCCCUACCCUCUACCGGGACAAACCGAAGACGAAGUAACUGAGAGAAGUGUAAAAUUCAGUCUUCCACCAUCUCCCUCUAGAUCUAACACCAGCGCUGGUUCUAUUGAGAGUUUACCCAGAGAUCCUAGCAUUGGCUCUUCUCCCAGGACAAGCUCCGUCGAUAGAUCUCCUGUUAGAGGUCGCAGUCCUAUCUCUAGUUUUGACGAGAGGCCAAGAGUUCUCCAACCUUUCCCUCGAGGUUACGGGAGCCCGUCAAUGAAUCUGAUAAACACAGAUUGGUCACUAGACAGGUCCUUAACUACUGAGAGUAGUCUCAAGUCUCUUAGGUCAAGUAAUCGAGACGUGAUACGAGGUCCGGUCCGGGUAUCUCACAACACAAUCCCAACAAACAUCCUACCCAUGCCGGUCAGCUUGGAGAGCAGUUUCGCUGAAAGUAGUUACAGUACCCCAAGCAAAAGCAGGCCAGUGCCAACUCCACACCCCUCCCUAAACACCUCCGCUACUACAGCACCGCCUCUUCCCACAUACGAGAACCUACACCGCUCCUCAGUGGUCUCGUCAGAGUAUGAGAAUAUCCAGGCUAGGUAUCCUGACUACAGAGCAAGUCCUGCACCCUCGCUCCAGCGACCAACCCCACAAACCCCUCGACAAGCUCCCUCCCCAAGACCCAGAGUGGUUGGCCGCUCCCCUCAGAUCUCGCCAGCUCCUUCUUCUUCGGCUCAAUCUUCUUCCAAUAGAGGGACUCCAGGGAGAGUAAUGGGGCGCCGUGAGCGGGCCGCUGUAACCGGCGAUAGAAAGGUCCAAUUUGGCGGGUUUAAACCUAUUAAUCCUGCUCGAGAUGAGGAUGAACAUUAUGUGUAGAGAUCUGUUUACUUUUUGUUGGAGUUUAAUUUUUUCGAUGUGCAUUGUAAAUUUAAAUUAAGAUCAGUAAGCUGUUAUUGCAGUGUGAAGGGUCAAUUUGGUCUUAUAUGUCAUGGGAUUAGUUUUUUUGAUUGUUUAAGAACAUCAGCCUAUCAUUAAAUUUCCGUGGUUUUCAAUCGAUGAUCACAGUUUACUGUGUGCAAAUCAAUGAUGUCUUUGACACAAUGCACAAUACACAUAAUAUUGUCUUUAUAUAUCAUGUCCAUACCCAGGAUACAUGACAUAAAGAAUUUGGUUUAACUUGUUUGUAUGAAAAGCAUCAAUAUGGGUUUUACGUCACAGGUCUAGGACCAGCGUUAAAGAAUGUUAUCACAUAUUUUUAACUUGAUUUUUAUCCAUAUAUUUUAUAACAGACAAGGGUGAAGUCCCUCAGAACAGCAUGUAAAUAAUUAAUAAGUUAUCAUAUUAUAUUUUAUUGAAAGAUGUAAAUUAGAUGUGAAUAGUCAUUUUCAUUCACCUAAUUCCCCUUUGUAGAUAGAACUAUUUAAUUAUAUUUUGACUGUAUAACAUUAUAUAACUGUUGAUUACUGAUUAUAGUUUACGUUUAUUUUUGUUCGAAGUUGAA